AUGCCCUUCGCAACCGUAAACGACCACUCCCUCCACUACACGGAUAUCGCGCCCUUGUCAUCAAGCCAACCCUCGCCACGCACCCUCAUCUUCGUCCAUGGGCUUGGAUCGACGCAGAAUUAUUAUUUCCCUAUUUUUCCAUACCUAACGAGCUAUCGAUGCAUAAUCUUCGACAACUACGGCGCUGGCCGCUCAAAUUUCAAGGCCGGAACCGAGACCUCGAUUGAAUCUGUCGGUAAAGAUGUCCUCGCCCUGCUGGACCAUCUAAAGGUAGACAAAGCGAUAGUAGUCGGCUACUCGAUGGGCGGGAUGGUUCCCACACAGCUGGCAUCAACCUCGCCCUCCCGCGUCGAGGCCGCCAUCCUGAUCGGCCCCGUACACCCCAGCCCGCAAGUCGCCGAGGUAUUCAAGCAGCGCGUUCCCAAAGUCCAAUCCGAGGGCAUGGAAUCCAUGGCCAACACGAUCCCCAACGCGGCCACGGGCCCACAAGCCACGGCCCUCCAGAAGGCGUUCAUCAGGGAACAGCUCCUCGCGCAGGAUCCCCAGGGCUAUAUCGCGAACUGUCGGGCCAUCGAGCGCGCCACCCCGCCGCUGUAUCACGACGUGAGAGUCCCGGCUCUGAUUAUUGCCGGCGAGGUCGACAAGUCGGCACCGUUGGAGGGCUGCAAACUGAUCUUUGAGAGUCUGGGCUCAGAGAAAACAAGAAAGCGGCUCGAGGUGUUGCAGGGCGUGGGCCACUGGCACUGUGUUGAAGCGCCGGAUGAGGUUGGGCGGCUGGUGCGGGAGUUUGUAGAGGGCAUGUAG